GGCGAUCACUAGCUGGAGCGCACGUCAGCGCGCGCCUGGGCCCCGGGUGCAGGCCCCGCCCCUUCUCCCUGCUCCGCCCCGCCCCCGGCCUCUCUCCUACUGCUCGGCACCCGGGGGCUCAGCAGCUGGGCAUCCGCGCUCCGCGGCCAUGGAGAUUCCUGGGAGUCUGUGCAAGAAAGUCAAGCUGAGCAAUAACGCGCAGAACUGGGGGAUGCAGAGAGCAACCAACGUCACCUAUCAAGCCCACCAUGUCAGCAGGAAUAAGAGAGGCCAGGUGGUGGGGACCAGAGGUGGCUUCCGUGGUUGCACAGUCUGGCUGACAGGAUUGUCCGGAGCAGGGAAGACGACUGUGAGCAUGGCCCUGGAGGAGUACCUGGUGUGCCACGGCAUUCCGUGCUACACGUUGGAUGGUGACAACAUCCGUCAGGGUCUCAAUAAGAACCUCGGCUUCAGUCCCGAGGACAGAGAAGAGAAUGUCCGCCGCAUAGCAGAGGUGGCGAAGCUGUUUGCAGACGCUGGCUUAGUGUGCAUCACGAGCUUUAUAUCGCCUUACACGCAGGAUCGCAACAACGCAAGGCAGAUUCACGAGGGGGCGAGCUUACCCUUCUUUGAAGUUUUUGUCGACGCUCCUCUGCAUGUUUGUGAACAGAGGGACGUCAAAGGACUCUACAAGAAAGCACGGGCCGGAGAAAUAAAAGGCUUCACUGGGAUCGAUUCUGAGUAUGAGAAACCAGAGGCCCCGGAGCUGGUGCUGAAAACGGAUUCCUGUGAUGUCAAUGACUGCGUCCAGCAGGUUGUGGAGCUUCUGCAGGAACGGGACAUCGUCCCUGUGGAUGCUUCCUAUGAGGUGAAGGAGCUGUAUGUUCCAGAGAAUAAACUGCACUUGGCCAAAACUGAUGCAGAAUCCUUACCAGCCCUGAAAAUCAAUAAAGUGGAUAUGCAGUGGGUGCAGGUUUUGGCAGAAGGUUGGGCAACUCCUCUGAACGGCUUCAUGAGAGAGAGGGAAUACUUGCAGUGCCUUCAUUUCGAUUGUCUUCUGGAUGGAGGUGUCAUCAACUUAUCAGUGCCGAUAGUUCUGACAGCCACGCACGAGGACAAAGAGAGGCUGGACGGCUGCACAGCGUUCGCCCUGCUCUAUGAGGGCCGCCGUGUGGCUAUCCUCCGGAAUCCUGAAUUUUUUGAGCACCGGAAAGAGGAGCGUUGUGCCAGACAGUGGGGAACAACAUGCAAGAACCACCCCUACAUCAAGAUGGUUCUGGAACAAGGGGAUUGGCUGAUUGGAGGAGAUCUUCAAGUCCUGGACCGGAUUUACUGGAACGACGGUCUUGAUCAGUAUCGUCUCACCCCUACGGAGCUCAAGCAGAAGUUUAAAGAUAUGAAUGCUGAUGCUGUCUUUGCAUUUCAGUUGCGCAACCCAGUGCACAAUGGACAUGCUCUGUUAAUGCAGGACACCCACAAGCAGCUUCUGGAGAGGGGCUAUCGGCGCCCUGUCCUCCUCCUCCACCCUCUCGGUGGCUGGACGAAGGAUGAUGAUGUCCCUUUGAUGUGGCGUAUGAAGCAGCAUGCUGCAGUACUGGAGGAGGGUAUCCUGAAUCCUGAAACAACAGUGGUGGCCAUUUUUCCAUCUCCUAUGAUGUAUGCUGGGCCAACUGAGGUCCAGUGGCACUGCAGGGCGCGGAUGGUGGCCGGAGCCAAUUUUUAUAUUGUUGGACGAGACCCUGCUGGCAUGCCUCAUCCGGAGACAGGGAAGGACCUCUAUGAGCCAACCCAUGGUGCCAAAGUGCUGACGAUGGCCCCCGGCCUGAUUACCUUGGAAAUCGUUCCCUUCCGAGUUGCAGCUUACAACAAGAAGAAGAAGCGGAUGGACUACUAUGACUCUGAGCACCACGAAGACUUCGAGUUUAUUUCAGGAACAAGGAUGCGCAAGCUGGCACGUGAAGGCCAGAAGCCUCCAGAGGGCUUCAUGGCCCCCAAGGCCUGGAAUGUGCUGGUAGAAUACUACAAGUCCUUGGAGAAAGCCUAACCUGCUGAGCUCAGCACUCUGCCUGGGACGCAUGGCUGAGUAACAGAGGGGACCACGCAGUCACCGACAGCCCUUCUCUGUGGUUGUCUGUCUGGACACACUUCCUGAAGUCAGGCCAUUUCCCUCUGCGUGCAUCAGUUUUGGUCUGCCUUUGAGUUCUGUUUCGAACUAGUGUAACACCACUCUGGUUCUAAUGUAUCUUUUCCACUUAUUGUUAAUAUUCUUAUAAUACGAUUUUAAAUCUUCUCCUUUUUAUAUUGUAUUUAUGCUUCUGUCUUACGAUUUUCCAAGCUGAUUUAUUAGUUAUAACCAGUAAUACACAUCAUCUGUCUUUUCAUUCUUUAAGAGAGGGGGGAAAAUCACUAAACAUUAAAGUUGGCUAGACCUUGUUUGGGGAAUUUUACAAAUUUUACAAACUAUCUGUAGCAAUUAGGGUUUUUAUUUUACAUUAAAAAUGUAAACUGUUGACUCUCUCCCUUGCAACCCUACAUGUUGAGAUAUUCUUGCAAUCUGUGUUAAGUACUGAAUGAAUGCCUUGAUUCAAUAAAAUUAAUUUUUAGCUUA